GAUAAUUGAAUUAUUUUUUCUCUAAACUUUAGUUUAACAUUUGAAGCUGGAACUGUAUUCGGGCCAACCACCAGAUCUACCAAUUUAAGAUGUCAUGUUCGGGUCCCCCAUCGAGAAAAUUAGGUGAAGUAACACUGCUUGCGAUGUCGCCCGCUAUCCACCCGCCCUGCACCCCGAGCGCAUCAUGUGCUCCCCCGCGGUGCCAUCCGUCGCUACCCCAGUGUUCCAGGCCGGAACAAUGUUUGAGGAAAACCACAUUAGCAGGCAUAAGACCUUGCCGAAGCGCCGCAUCUAUCAUGGCCACAAGGUCCAGGACAUCAUGUGGCUCGUGUGAUAAAUUUAAAGGACAAAAUAUCUCUAAUCCUAGAAAAUCAUCGUUAGUUCAAAAGUACCUUAAUAGAAAGUCGCGGGAAUCAAGAAUGAGAAGUGAAGAUAGGCUGAAAGGGAAGAAUAGUUAUUCGGAAUAUAAGAGAAGACAAGGGAGCCACCGAUCGGAGGAGGAAUGUUGUGCGGGGAAAGGUCACCGAGGCAGGACGCGGCAGUCCAUCGAACGGAGCCGGCAGCCCUUCUGCCGACGCUGCUGCGCGGCGUGGUGCUGCCGCGGCUGCCGGGAGUGCUGCCAGCCGUGCUGCGAUAAGUGCUGCAUUCCGUGCUGCGCCUCGUGCUGGUAUAACUGCUGCGUGAAAUGCUGUCGUCGCACCUGCCGUUGCAUAAAAUGCACAAUAAUCUGACGCCCAUAUCCCGAUAUCAUUGAAGACUCCAUGAUCCAUGAUAAAAAGUGGUCGUGCAUAUUUAUGAUAAAA